UAUUCAAUCACAGGGGGAGAGAGAGAGAGAGAGAGAGCAGGGGAGAUAGAGAAGGAGGAUGAAGAAGGGAGAAGAGAAGACUCUACACUCCGUUGUUAUUUGAUGGGAUUGGGUAGGCUUGGCUUAGCUCUGUGGAUUAUCUCCCACUUCUUUCCCUUUCUUCUGUAACCUUCUUCUCUUGAAACAUACUUGUCACCAGUACAUGAGCUUGAGAGAGUUAGAAACAAAGCUACCAUACCAAGAGGCUGCCAUGGAUUCCCUCAGAUCCGGGGAAGUGCCCAUCCGCCCAGGAAAAAAACUUGUCCUUUUCCUUUUUCUUUUUAUAGAAAAUAAAGAAUAAUAAAGAAGAGUGGGGGGAAGAGGAGGGAAGUCGCCCUCUUUCCUCAGUUCUUCCUGUGAUUCCUUGGCUCCUUUCUCAUGAACCCCCUUUUGCUUUCUUGAUCGUUUUGCUUAAUUUGGUACUGCUCGCAGUCCUUUAAAGUUGCGAGCUUUUCCCUUUGCUCUGGGUAAAGGGAGAACCCCCUCUCUAUGUCUAAGGGUCCACUCCCCUGAAAAUGGAAGCUCCGCGUCACUGUUCUUGAUAAGAUGUGCCGACCCAUUUGCAAGCUUUGUCCCCAGUAAGUUGCUUUUGCCUCUCAUCCGCAUGGAAAUUUGUCUUCCAGGAAAUCGGGCUCGUGUUCUUGAGAGAUUGCUGAAGAGGGAUGACGGGGUGUUUAGUUGAACCAUGACUGGGGUAAUCUCAGGGGGUGACUUUUUGGGAUUUGGAUGGAGGAGAUGUGUUACGGAGCGGUUUUAGUUCCGUUUAGAUGUAGUUUGGGCUGUGAUUUUCUCGUGCUCAGUGCCCGUAUGGACUUCACAGGAAUGAACUCCGUGCCUGACCCGCCACCAAGUUUGUCAUCUGAUUCGGUUGUUGAGGCUCUGAUGGAGGAUUCACUUGGAGAGAGUGGAGUCAGGGAGCCCCUGUUGGAUACAGUUGUGAAAAUGAACAAGAGCCGGGAAAAUGAGGAGGAUGAUUGCUCAUUGAUGGAAGGAGAUCGAGUUCUCGAUAACUCUUGUUCUCUUUCUGUUGCUAGCGACACUAGCAGUUUAUGUGGGGAGGAUAUUUUAGGCUUCGAGCAAUUUUCUGAGAUUGGAGCAUCGAGCACUGCAGAUUCUGAGAGGACUGUGUAUGAGAUUGAGGUCGUGGCUAAGGCCCAGGUUGAGGGGGGGAUCAUGGGCAGUCAGGACUCCCUCUCUGCUCAGGUAGCCCAUGUUCAACUGGAAUCAAGUUCGAGUUUGAGUUCCACUGCCAAUUCAGCUACUCUGCUUGUUCAGCAAGCAAGGAUGAGUACUGUCCGGAGCAUUUUCGAGGUGGAGUACAUCCCUCUUUGGGGCUCGAUUUCCAUGUGCGGGAGGAGGCCGGAGAUGGAGGAUGCAGUGGCCACAGUGCCCAGGUUCUUGGAAAUCCCGAUUCAAAUGCUUGCCGUUGAUCGAGUGCUUGAUAGCACAGGCAAGAUUAUAACCGAGCAGACUGCUCACUUUUUCGGGGUCUACGAUGGCCAUGGUGGAUCACAGGUUGCGAACUAUUGCAAGGAUCGAGUCCAUGUAGCUUUGGCGGAGGAGAUAGAAUCUAUUAGGGGUAGCCUGAUUGCCGGGAAUUGUUCUGACAGUUGCCAAGAGCAGUGGAGACAGGCAUUCACGAAUUGUUUCACUAAGGUUGAUGCCGAGGUCGGAGAAAAUCCUACCGGCGUGGAACCUGUCGCCCCAGAAACUGCAGGGUCCACCGCUGUGGUGGCCAUCAUAUGCUCAUCCCACAUCAUCGUGGCAAACUGUGGAGAUUCGAGGGCGGUUUUGUGUCGUGGGAAGGAACCUAUUGCACUGUCUGUGGAUCACAAGCCAAACCGUGCAGACGAAUAUGCGAGAAUUGAAGCUGCAGGAGGAAAGGUUAUACGGUGGAAUGGGUAUCGUGUUCUCGGCGUUCUUGCAAUGUCGAGGUCCAUCGGCGAUAAAUAUCUAAAGCCGUGGAUAAUACCUGAUCCGGAAGUGAUGUUUGUCCCUCGAGCAAAAGAGGACGACUGCCUCGUGCUUGCAAGUGACGGUCUGUGGGAUGUGAUGACAAAUGAGGAGGUGUGCGACCUGGCUCGCAAGCGGAUACUGCUCUGGCACAAGAAGAACGGAGGAGAAACACUAGCUCCCGACAGGGGAAGUGCUCAGGGCCAGGGAUCUGAACCGGCAGCCCAGGCACAAGGGUCAGAUCCCGCAGCCCAGGCUGCAGCAGAGUAUCUCUCGAACCGGGCCCUUCAGAAGGGAAGCAAGGAUAACAUUACCGUGAUUGUCGUGGACCUGAAGGCUCAGAGGAGGUUCAGACCCAGGACAUGACCAGCCGUGAAGGCUCGUAAACCGAGAGAAGAAACCAAAACUCCUUGGAUGACAUUCACUGCAGUUUGGCCCUGAUGUUGUCGUCACCCGAGUCUGUAUGGCAUGUAAGUUGGAAAAUUCUGUAUUUAUGGUAGAAUCUUAUAUACCGCUAUUUGUCGUCGUCAAUCACCCUCUCUUACUUCCCCUUAUAUUAUCUGUAAAUGCUUCUGAUAGGAAAUGGAAGCAGAAUCCAUGCUUUCUAGGCAUUCAUGGGAAGUUUUUUGAAUUCUUCAUGCCUACAAAAUAGAAUUAUUAUUUUUUCAAGAAGCCUCUUAGAGGAACUUUUAUGGAGUCUUUUACGAGUGAAUUAGAUUUAUUAUUGUAAACGAGCUCGUAUUAAUACCAAGAUAAUAACAACAAUGUGAGCUCUUCUUCAGUUCC